UGUCUCAAUAGGAGUGGCAGUGCUGGUGGUGACUUCACUUCAAACAUGGCUGCACAGGACGAGCUCAACCAGUUGGAGCGUGUGUUUUUGCGCUUGGGUCAUGCAGAAACAGAUGAGCAGUUGCAGGAUAUUAUAUCCAAAUUCCUGCCUCCUGUCCUGCUCAAACUAUCCAGUGUGCAAGAGGGGGUUCGCAAGAAAGUUAUGGAGUUGCUGGUACACCUGAACAAAAGGAUAAAGAGUCGACCUAAGAUCCAGCUUCCUGUAGAGACACUGUUGGUUCAGUAUCAGGACCCUUCUGCUGCAUCUUUUGUCACGAACUUCACUAUCAUCUACAUAAAGAUGGGCUAUCCUAGGUUGGAGGUGUCCAAACAGUGUGAGCUUGCACCAACUCUACUCACAGCAAUGGAGGGCAAACCUCAGCCCCAACAGGACAGUCUGAUGCACCUGCUGAUCCCUACGCUGUAUCAUAUGAAAUAUCCAUCAGAGCCAUCUAAAGCUUCCCCAUUUGUCCUGACGGAAAGGCCCAAAACUGUACAACUUCUCUUAGAGUUCAUGCUUGAUGUUCUUCUGAUGCCAUAUGGGUUUGUGUUAAAUGAGCCUCCAAGUCGUCCAGCUCCCUCUUCUCCACAAGGGGGAUCUGGAGCAGGAGCUGCGGCAGCACAAGGUCUCCCCCAGCCUCCACCAGGAAUGAGCGUUUAUGCAGUUAAAAGAGUCAUCGGAGAAGCUCAGUGGAGCCCAGAGCAACUGGAGCAGUGUAAACUGGGAAUUGUGAAGUUUAUAGAGGCAGAGCAGGUGCCUGAAGUUGAAACAGUCAUUCACUUAGUUGUGGCUUCAAGUGACACCCGACACAGUGUCGCCACGGCGGCUGAUCUGGAACUGAAAAGCAAGCAGAGCAUUAUUGACUGGAACAAUCCACUCAUUAUCAACAAAAUGUAUAAAGUUUACCUGGGUGAUAUUCCACUUAAAACUAAAGGUGCCACAGUAAAACAGGAGCUGAAGCAUGAGCCGGUCAGCACCAGAGUCAAGAUGAAGAUUCUGCCUCACCUUCUCCGCUCCAGACUGGCUGCCGAGUGCUUUCCUGCAAAUAUACAGGUUGUCUAUGAUGGACUUUUCGGAGCAAACACCAACAACAAACUUCUGUCCCUCACUCUGCAGUUUGUACAUCAUAUUUGUAUGGUGUGCCCUGAUACCAACAAACCUUUGGGUUUGAUGCUGCUGAACGGACUUACCAAGCUUAUUAAUGAAUAUAAAGAGGACCCCAAACUACUAUGUGUGGCCUAUUCUGCUGUUGGAAAACUUUCGAGUCGAAUGCCUCAGCUUUUCACGAAAGACAUUGCAUUGGUACAGCAGUUUUUUGAGUCCAUGUGCAAGGAGGAUGCUGAUGUGCGACUGGCCAUACAGGAGGCCUUGUCGAUGAUGGUGGGAGCGUAUGUUAAUCUUCAUGGGGCACUUCUGAACCUAAUGGAAGCACUUGUGGCUGCAUAUAUCACAAAGCCGGAGGUACAGGUGCGACAGGUAGCGAUGAAAUUUGCCAGCACAGUGUUUGCUCCUGAUCACGUAGCCUCUCGAUAUCUCUUACUUCUGGCUGCAGGAGAUCCUCGUGAGGAGGUGUCUGGGGAAGCUCGGCGAGCCCUUAGGUCUCUCCCCUCUACGAAAACAGAGAAAGAAGGAUCAAGGCCCAUGCCGUCAUUCCCUGAGAUGGUCAGCUACAUCCAGGAAAAGGCUGCACAGAGAUUGAAGACCCCUGCAAAAUACAUUGUUGGUACUUCCACGUUGCCUUUUAAUCCUGCCACAUUUGGAGAGAUAGUUCUUUAUCUGAGAAUGUGUUUAGCUUAUAGUGCUGGUGCCACAUCCACAUCUCAGAGCCUGAUGGACAUGCAGGAUGAUGCUCCUCUUAUUGGACGCUAUAUUCAGUCAUUAUUAUCCAGUGAAGCUUCUUCAGCCACUAAAGGAGGAGAUGCCAAUCCAGUUCACGUGUACAUGGACUUACUGCAACAGCUGCUGUCAGCUGUAGGAGGAAUCCCAGUGAUGUACUGUCUUUUGGAAGUCGUCUCUGUGUGCCCAGAGAAACUUACCCUCAACUAUGUAGACAGAAUCGACUGGAUUAAAGGUCUCAUGAACACUAAUAAAGAAGACAUGCGUGAAUUGGCAGCCCAACUGUAUGCCGUAGUUGUCUCUACUAUGUCUGGAAAUGAACUUAGAACUGCUGUACAAAACCUGAUUAAGAUAACUAAAGACACACAUAGUCCUGAGACUCAGCAUGGUGCCAUUUUGGCUCUGGGCUAUAUGGUAGGCAGAUACAUGAAUAAGAGGCGGAGCCUAAUGCCUACUGAGCCCACCCCCAAAGAAAAUGAGGAACUAAUUGCCAUGGCCACAAAAACCAUUGGUUCGUUUUUGGAUAGCGAGUCUUCUCUGUUGACUGUUGCUGCUGUGACAGCAUUGGGAGAGAUUGGGCGUAACAGCGUGUUGCUGAUACCAGCGGAUGGAAAUGGCUUCACUAAACUCAGUCUAGUGGAUAAUCUGCUUGCCAGGAUCCCAUCUGGAAAAGAGACUGGCAAGAUGAAAGAACGUGCCAUCCAGACUCUUGGGUUCCUGCCGGUGGGAGACAGUGAAUUCCCACACCAGAAGAAACUCCUGCAGGGCCUUAUGGAUUCAGUAGAGGCCAAGCAGGUGGAGCUACAAUUUACAGUGGGGGAGGCUUUAACUAAUGCUGCUAUAGGAAGCUGCUCUGGAGCUGCCAGAGAUGUGUGGACAUGCACAGAAGACCAAUACUGCCCUCCUGAGAAUGUGAAGAAUAAUGAUAUAGUGCCCUGGGUGUUGAGCUCUGUCUUGUCAAAAUAUAUACCAAGUCCAAACCCUCAUGUUCGGCAGGCUGCCUGCAUAUGGCUCCUGUCUCUAGUCAAGAAACUCAGCCAUCACAAAGAAAUACAGUCUCAUCUGAAGGAAAUACAGACAGCCUUUAUUUCUAUCUUGUCUGAUCCUGAUGAACUCAGUCAAGAUGUGGCGUCUAAAGGACUUGGGUUGGUUUAUGAGCUCGGAGGAGAACGGGACCAACAGGAAUUGGUAUCAACCCUAGUGGAUACUCUCAUGACUGGUAAAAGAGCCAAACAUAAUGUCUCAGAGGACACUGAGGUCUUCCAGGGGGAGACUCUUGGUAAAGCACCUGAUGGACAAGGACUCUCCACCUACAAGGAACUCUGUUCACUGGCUAGUGAUCUAAACCAACCGGAUCUUGUUUAUAAGUUCAUGAAUCUUGCCAAUCACCAUGCCAUGUGGAAUUCCAGAAAGGGGGCAGCAUUUGGGUUUAACAUUAUUGCAGCCAAAGCUGGUGAACAGCUGGCUCCUUUCCUGCCUCAGCUGGUCCCCCGUCUUUACAGAUACCAGUUUGACCCCAACCUGGCAAUCAGACAAGCCAUGACUAGCAUCUGGGAUGCUCUUGUCACAGAUAAAACCAUUGUGGAGAAAUAUUUUAAGGAAAUUCUUCAAGAUGUAAUUUCCAACCUCACCAGUAACAUGUGGAGGGUGCGGGAGUCAAGCUGCUUGGCUUUGAAUGAUCUGAUACGUGGAAGGCAGGCAGAUGAAAUCAUUGACCGCCUGUCAGAAAUCUGGGAGACUCUGUUUCGGGUUCUGGAUGAUAUAAAGGAGUCAGUUCGUAAAGCAGCAGAUCUGACUCUAAAGACUCUCAGUAAAGUGUGUGUGCGUAUGUGCGAAUCAACAGGUGUUGCUGCUCAGAGGACAGUGGCUGUGUUGUUGCCAACUUUACUGGACAAAGGCAUUGUCAGUAACGUAACCGAAGUGCGGACUCUUAGUAUCCAGACUCUUGUGAAGAUCAGUAAGACAGCAGGCAGCCGUCUGAAGCCCCAUGCUCCUCGACUCAUCCCGGCUUUGCUGGAGGCUCUGAGCGUGCUGGAACCGCAGGUGCUCAACUACCUCAGUCUGAGAGCCACAGAGCAGGAGAAGAGUGCAAUGGAUGCCGCAAGGUUAAGUGCAGCCAAGUCCUCUCCUAUGAUGGAAACCAUUAAUAUGUGUCUGCAACACUUGGAUGUGUCUGUGUUAGGAGAGCUUGUUCCAAAACUUUGCGAGCUACUAAAGAGUGGAAUUGGACUUGGAACAAAGGGAGGAUGUGCCAGUGUGAUUGUGUCACUGACAGUGCAGUGCCCUCAAGAUCUUACGCCAUAUUCAGGUAAACUGAUGAGCGCACUCCUAAAUGGGAUCAAUGACCGUAGUAGCGUCAUUCAGAAGUCGUUUGCCUUUGCCAUUGGACAUCUGGUCAGGACAGCCAAAGACAGCAGUGUUGAGAAGCUUCUGCAGAAACUAAACACCUGGUACCUGGAAAAAGAGGAGGCACUGUACAAGUCCUCAUGUUGUCUGGUGGUUCAUGCCAUCAGUCACUACAGUCCGGAUGUGUUGAAGGCUCAUGCUGGAGUGGCUCUACCACUGGCAUUUCUGGGCAUGCAUCAGGAGCCCGAGGAAGAGAAAGGAGAAAGCGCUGAGGCCAACCUGUGGUCUGAGGUCUGGCAGGAACAUGUACCUGGCAGCUUUGGUGGAAUCAGGUUGUACAUGACUGAGCUCAUAGCCAUUACUCAGAGGGCUCUGCAGUCUCAGUCCUGGAAGAUGAAGGCUCAGGGUGCCGCUGCCAUGGCAACUAUUGCUAAGCAACAAACGGGCUCACUGGUGGCACCUCACCUGGGCAUGGUGUUGAGUGCACUACUACAGGGGCUUGCAGGACGCACCUGGGCAGGGAAGGAAGAGCUGUUGAAAGCUGUUGGAUCUGUAGUGUCUAAAUGCAGUGCGGAGCUACAGAAGCCAGCAGCAGGUCAGCCGACAGUGAGCGAGGUGCUGGACCUGGUGCUGAAGGAAUGUAAGAAAGAGAGCCUGGUUUAUAAAAUGUCAGCCUUACGUAGUGCAGCAGACAUCUUGGAGUCGACAAAGGAGGAUCGUUUUCAGGAAAUCACAGACAUCGUGCUUCCUCUUAUUAAAAAGAAUCAGCCAGCAAGUGCCAGCUCCCAGAGACAUGAUGAUGAUGACGACGAUGAUGAUGCUAAAGCUCGUGAAUUACAAACAGAAGUUCUGCUUUGUGCAUAUGAGACGCUUGGAAAGUCCUGGCCUAAAACCAUUCAAACACAGAAUCAAUUCCAGAAUGAGGUUUGUAGCAUUAUGUGUGAUAGACUGAAGUUGAGCACGUGGAGAGUCCAAUUGGGAGUGCUACGCUCCUUGAAGGCUUUCUAUCAGGGGUUGUUGCUGUUGGAUAAGGAACAUCAGAACGCUGCUGUUCUGACUGAGAUGUUGUCUGAAACCUGCAUUGCCCUGGCAACACCACUAGAAAACAAAAGCUAUUCAUCAGUAAGAACAGAUGCCUUGGCAGUGGUUGAACUUCUUCUGAAAAGGAUUGAAGAGAGCGAUCAGUGGGAGUGUCUGUCUGAGAGGAGUCGGCAACAGCUUCAGCGCUCUUUAGCUACAAUGGAAACAGACAGCCGUCCAGACCUGAAGGACAAAGCCCAGACAAUGAGAAGAAAAAUACAAGCCCUGCCAUGAAUAACCUGACCAAACACACACUGUCCUGAGAGUUGAUUUAGAAUCUCCACCAUACAUUUUCAGUAAUAAUCCUCACAGCCAUGUCGCAUACGCACGCAUUUUGCCAUAAUCUGCACACUCCCAACAGCUCGGUGUAGGCCAUAAACCUUUUUUUUUCCAUGUGUGAACUCUUUUACCUGAUGCUUUAACCAAUGUGCAAAGACUACCUUUGGGUACAAUGAGCCUUGUCUUGUUUUGCUUAAACAUUUUCACCAACCAUUUUAACCUUGUUAAAGUCUCAGUAUGUGAAAGUGUGAGAAUACAUACGACUACUUCCAUCUUACGUUGUGGGGUUUUUUUUUUGGCUCAGGAUACCGAAAAUCACAAAGUUUGUGAAGCAGAAGGCUUUCUGCAGUUCUACUUGUUUGGCAAGGGCCAGAACGGCCCUUGUGAACCAUAUACACUGAGUUAUAUUCAAGGAGUUUGAGUGAUUACUGCAGGUUUCUAUUUAAACACCUCUCCAGUUUGUUUUAAAAAAUUCCUUGUCCUUCAUGAGUCAAGAUACUGAUUGAGAACUGUUCACAUAUAGAGUCAACCUUUCGCUUUCAUUCAUUCAGUGCUGUUAUAAAAGGAGGUAUCACAGAGUCAAGCAGAAGAGACCAGGAUCUAUCCAUACUGGAUAGGAGGGAACUUUUGAUUAAAAAAUGGAACGUUUUUUAAAUGAGGGUUGAUGUAAAGGUAUUACGUGUGUAUUAAAGGGAAGUUUGUAACAUAAAUGAAACUGAAACCUCAAA